UGGUGUAGGUGCCGGCGGCGCGGCGGCGGCGCGGCGGUGUGCCGCUCUGCCACCUAGUGGCGGCCGUCAGUCGCUCGCCGAGUGCCGUGUGAGGAGCAGCCGCGGGACGGGCCGCCGAAUUGAGUCGAGGCGAGUGGAGUGGAGGGGAGUAGUUUUAGCACGCGAGUGCCGGGAGGAGAGUAGUGGGUAGUGCCGAAUUGCAGCACUGUUACGACGGAGGCGAUUCGCGCUCCUGAGCUGACGUUUCGAACAACGAGUGAGAACGCGGAACGCUCCGUCGUGGCGAGAAACCUGACCUGACCGGCGGAGUCGGAGACCACGACUGUUGCGGAGUUUGAGAUCUCCGUUCCUCGCGAGCGGUGACCUGUGCCAGGUCGCGCCCGGGGCGGCGCGGGUGAGGUCAAAUUGUCCGCUGGCCGGCCAGCGGGGCAUGUGAUCGCCGCUCCCGGACAUCCCCGAACGAUGUCGGCGCGUCGCCAGCGCUGGGCGCAGUGCGUCGUGUUUCUGCUGUGGCUGGCGCUCCAGGCGCACGUACUGAACGGUUGUCCGCCCGAGUGUUCGUGUCAGGGCUCUGUGAUCGACUGCAGUCACAGGAAGUUGGUCCGAGUGCCGCGGAACCUGCCCUAUGGAGCCACCCGACUAGACCUGAGGAAUAACCGUCUCUCGGCUCUCCGCGGUGACGACUUUGUUGGCCUGGACCGAUUACGCUCCCUGGACCUGAGCGGGAACGAGUUGUCGGUACUGGGAAGGAGAGCCUUCACUCAUCUCCACAGUCUGCGAACCCUGCACCUGGACAGAAAUCAAAUCAGCUGUGUGGAUCAGCAAAGCUUCCAUGGACUCCAGUACCUAGAGACGCUAACUCUGAACGGCAACCUGCUGACGACCCUGCCGGACGGCGUGUUCUCCGCUCUGCGUAACCUGCUAUCGGUGGAGUUGGCGGACAACCGGCUCAUCUGCGACUGCCACCUGACCUGGCUGGGUGGCUGGUACCGCACCAAAGGUCAAGGUCACGCCGUGUGCAGCUCGCCGCUCCGACUCAAGGACCGCCGCCUCUCCGACGUACGCGAUGCCGAGUUCAAGUGCUCAGGUCUGGAGCACACGCCCGGAGGUCGGUGCUCCCCCACCUCUCUGUGUCCGCCGCUCUGCAAGUGUUCCGACCGAGUGGUGGACUGCCGUGAUCGGGAGCUGGAUGCUGUGCCCGAGGCACUGCCUCAGGGCACAGAGGAGCUACGUCUGGAGCAGAACAAGAUCAAGGAGAUCCCGGCGGCCGCCUUCAAGCACUACCGCAACCUCAACAAAAUAGACAUCAGCAACAACGAGAUCAAGGUUAUCGCACGGGACGCGUUCGCCGGCCUCACCAACCUCAAAUCGCUAAUUUUAUACAACAACAAGAUUGAGCAGCUGCCGAACCAGCUGUUCAGCGGGUUGUCGUCUCUUCAGCUGCUUCUGCUGAACGCGAACCAGAUCAAGUGUGUGGGUGCCGACACGUUUCGGGACCUGAGCAGCCUGACUCUGCUGUCGCUGUAUGAUAACAAGAUCAGUAACCUGCCCAACAACACAUUCAGCUCGCUGCUUGGCAUUCAAACCCUUCACCUGGGUCGGAACCCGUUCAUGUGCGACUGCCACCUGGCCUGGCUGGUCUCGUUCAUUCAGCAGCGGCCCGUGGAGACGUCGGGAGUCCGCUGUGCCGGCCCGCGCAGGGUCCAGAGGCGCCGGCUGGCAGCCCUUCAGGUCAACCAGCUGCAGUGUCCCAAGGACGAGAGCUCGCCGUACCACGAGUGCCUGCUGAAGACUGUCGAGUGUCCCGACCGGUGUGUGUGCUUCGGCACGACCGUGGACUGCUCGGGAAGGGCGCUGAAGAGCAUCCCCGACCACAUUCCCGGCACCACGACACAGCUGAUCCUGAGCAACAACGAGAUAUCGAGGGUCCGCGCAUCGCCCGGCUUUUCCGACCUCCGCUACCUGAAACGUCUUGACCUUGGGGUCAACCUGAUCGAGAGCAUUGAGGACGGCGCGUUCGCCAACAUGGACGCCCUGGAGGAGCUAAUUCUGUCGGAAAACGAGCUGACCCGUAUCCGGAGUGGAACGCUGCGCGGUCUGAACGGACUGCGACUGCUGGCUCUCAACCACAACAAAAUCAGCUGUCUGGAGAGCAGCGCCUUCAAACAUCUCAAUCAGCUGGAGACGUUUGACCUGCAGUCGAACCCUCUGGCGUGCACGUGCCGUCUGCGCUGGAUGACUCAGUGGCUGCGGGUGAAGCUGAAGGACAACCUGCAGGUGGGCUCGCCGACCUGCGAGCUUCCCGACCGGCUCCGGAGGAAGCCGCUGACGCACCUCACCGAGGACGACUUCCACUGCGACGGGGGCGAGCGAGACGACGACGGCUGCACUGCCACCGACUACUGUCCCCACGGCUGCACCUGUGUCGGUACCGUGGUCCGCUGCAGCAAGGCCAAGCUGACUCACCUGCCCGGGGGCAUCUCCAGUCGCACCACAGAGCUCUACCUGGACAACAACCAGCUGGAGAGCGUGUCGUCAUCAGAGCUGCGUCACCUGCGAGCGCUGAAACGUCUCGAUCUAAGCAACAACGGCAUCAUCGCCAUCGAGAACGGCACAUUCGCGCAGCUGGAGAACCUGGAGACCCUGCUGGUCAGCUUCAACCGGCUGCAGUGUCUCGAGGUGGGCGCUCUGGAGGGUCUGCGCUCCCUCCGCGUGCUCAGUCUGUACGGAAACAACCUCUCCCAGAUUCCGAACGGAGCGUUCAACGAGCUCACCUCCAUCACGCAUAUAGCAUUGGCACUGAACCCGCUCUACUGCGACUGCCAACUGCGCUGGCUGGCCGUCUGGGUGAAAAAGGACUUCCGUGAGCCUGGCAUUGCACGCUGCUCCGGUCCGCCACGAAUGAACAACAAGACCGUGCUCGCCGCCAAACCGGAUGAGUUCACUUGCACAGGAACGCCGGUGCCGGACGAUAUUCUGGCCAAGUGCGACGUAUGCCACGGGGACCCGUGCCGCAACGGAGGCACGUGCCAGGCGGGCCGCGGCCGCACGUUCUCGUGCCAGUGCUCGCUCGGGUUCUACGGGGACACGUGCGAACAGACGAUCAACGCGUGCUACGGCACGCCGUGCGCCAACGGAGGCACCUGCAAGAUCGUCCAGGAGGGACGCUACAGCUGCCACUGCCCGACUGGGUUCUCGGGAGCCCACUGCGAGACUAAUGUGAACGACUGUGAGGGCAACCGGUGCUCGGAGAAUGGAGAGUGUGUGGACGAGAUCGGACGCUACUGGUGCAGAUGUCGGCCAGGGUACACCGGCGAGUUUUGCACGCACCGUAUCGAGUUCUGCACGGCGUUCAACCCGUGUGCCGCUGGCUCCACGUGCAACAACAAGAUCACCGACUACACGUGCACGUGCCCUCCGGGCAUGUCUGGCAAAAACUGCACCGACAAUGUGGACAACUGCGCCGCCAACCUAUGUCAGAACGGCGCCACGUGCGUGGACGGCGUGGGCAGCUACUCGUGCCGCUGCCCUCCCGGCUUCGGCGGCCAGUUCUGCGAGCAGGGGCCCUCCAUCACGCUGAUGCAGCAGACCUCGCCCUGUCAGCAGAACGAGUGCAAGAACGGCGUGUGUUUCCUGCCGCGUGGCUCGCAGGAGUACCGCUGCCGCUGCAAGGAGGGCUACACAGGGAAGUACUGCGAGCACCUGACCAGCCUGGCGUUCGGCCACACCAACGGUUACGUCGAGCUCGACCCGCCCAAGUCGUCGGCUCACAGUAACGUCACUGUGGUACUGCGCAGUCGACAGAAGAACGGUAUCGUCUUGUACCGCGGCGGCGGUCGGCAGCAUCUGGCUGUGGAGCUGUUCAGGGGACGGCUGAGGGUCAGCUAUGACCUGGGCAGCUCGCCCGGAUUCACAAUGUUCAGUCUGGCGGUUCUGUCGGACGGCCGGCCCCACACGGUCGAGAUGCUUACCGAGGGCAGCAACUUCACCUUCAGGGUGGACGGCGGACACCCCCGGCCGAUCGUCAAUCCCUCCGAGCAGGGCUCCCUGGACGAGUCGGAGCCGCUCUAUGUCGGAGGCCUACCCAUGGAGAAGGCUACCUAUGCCGUGCGCAACUGGCAGCUGCGCAACACAACCAGCUUCAGAGGAUGUAUGAUGAGUCUGUACGUGGACGACCGGUGGAUAGACUUCCAGCGAGCCAGACAGCAGCACAAAGUCUCGGCCGGCUGCGAGGGCGUGCCCAAGCCAAGAGACGAACAGAGCACCAAUCUGUGCACCGAUCACCAGUGCAAACGUGGCCGGUGCAUUCCAAACAAGACGAGCAGCUCCUACAGAUGUAGAUGCAAACGCGGUUGGAGCGGCAAAUACUGUGACAGAGCGCCGCGUUGUCGCCGCGAGCAGAGCCGCGACUAUAUCAGGGAGAACGGCUGCAGGUCGCGCCGGCCCGUGCGCCAGGCACGCUGCGCCGGUAGCUGCGGACGCGACUGCUGCCAGCCGCGCAGAGUUCGUAACCGGCGCGUCAGCUUCGUCUGCAACGACGGCACCCGCUACCGCAAGGUGAUCAAGGUGGCGCGCAAGUGCCGCUGCCGGCGCCGCAAGAAGUGCGGCGUAUAGAGUGCAUCGCGUCUGUCGUACUGCGAACGGCUCUGGUCGACCGGCCGAGGGGACCGGUGAGAGAACGUCAUGAGGAAGUAUCUCUGACUGUUGGGACAGGCAGACUAUGACGACCUGGCCUGACCUGGUAUUCAGGUCACGAGGCCUGACUGGAGCGGUGUUUCGACCUGGGGGUCGCCACCACGGCUUGGUCGGGCUGUCCAUCGUCGGCCAACUGGCUCGACCUGACGGUGCGGUCACGACCUGGCCUGACCCGGAACAAGGUCGUGACCUGACGUGACCAGUCGGUCGGCCGUUCGGCGGCCGCAUAGCCGCGCCACAUGAUAUUAAUUCUCCUCUAUCUGUCCCCAGUUGUUUCCCGUUCUCCGUCAGUGUUGAGUGUGCGAGCGGCACGCGCCGCCAUCUUGUCGUGUGCCAAAUCCGGAGCAACUGAGGCCAUUGUUCAAAUGCGGCAUAUUUGUCGACGGCGCCUGUACGCCCUAGAGGCGUCCCACAGGCGCCCCCGACCCGCGACCACGCGCCCCGAGCUAUUGUGUUUGCAAUUUUCAGCUUUAAGCUCGUUGCCGUAAUUAUUCGUCGAGAAAUGAUGAGCCGUAUGACGCCGAUUCGGAAUUUCCCAUUUUAAAACCAGGGGCUGUUUCAGCGUUUUAUUACGAGGGUUCGUCAUUGCCGUCUUGUUUUUGGCGUAUUUUUCACGCAUGCAUGGGAGACUGCGGAGAAAAUGGUUAUUGUUUUCCUGAAACAUUAUCAGGCAGCUGGAUUUAUUCGGACCGCUCCGGAGAGUGGUCGCUCGGCCGCGCCUAUCGUCGUCAUGUUGAGAGAACAGGUUAUGUAUACGUCAGCCGUGUAUGGGCCGGGGGCAGGCAGCCGCCCCACCGGCGAAUCUCCGCCCUGUGCUACCCAGGCGCAGCUAUCGCUGGGGAGAGGAGAGGCGCUCCCCGGAGCGACCAGGGCAGAGGGGCGGGGAAUCCGCCAGCCCGCCGCGCGGUGCGCCAGUCUGUACAGAUGCGGCGAUACUGGCUAACCGUGUUUUUAUAUUUAAUGUUCCGGGCGGGCCUGCCGGGGCGCAUGUUUCGCCCGCCGGCCGCACCGCGGUGCCACAGUCGGUGUAGUCAACAACUGUAUGUAUUUUAGCUGUAGCUGUAAUAAAAUACUCGUGUGAA